UCCUCCUAUGUAUGCAAGUAUGGAUAAACUCUGAAAACUUUAUGACCCUUUCUCUUUCUCUCUCAAGAUUCCAUCUUUAUGCAAACAUAUGAGGCUCCACCACAAUACCCAAUCAACCCCACCUCUACAUAUAAUUUUCUGUUGAUUGUGAGAUCUUUUCAUCAUCACCCCCUAUUUUAUGCUUAACCAUUAUAAUAAAAAUACAUACACACACCCCAUUUCUUUACAUAAAUAUAUACAAUAAAAAUUGACAUCAAGGGUGGGAGUUAUUAAGCUGAACAACAACAGAGGUGGUCAGAAAAGGGUCUUCUUGGUAUUAUUAUUUUGCUUGGUUUGUGUUGUUUUCAGGUAUACAAUCAUUAAGAUAUAAUCCUUGAGUCUACAAAGUUGUUCAACGGACAAAGACUAUAUUUACUAUGGGUGGAUAUAAUGAUGGUCCCUUGGCUGGAGAGUGGAUGCCUCCAAGCCCUAGCCCGAGGUCUUUUUUCUCAUCAAUGUUGGGUGACGAUGUUAGCUUCAGGUCAAUUACUGAUCUAUCAAGUGAUAAUAGAGGCGGGACCUUGUUUUCGCCCCCCGCAGAUAAUAAUGUGGGAGCAAAUUCUGAUGAGAAGAACGAUGGACGACGCAGUGCAGAUGAAGUUCAAGCCAUUAAUCAAAAUUCACCCUCUGAACAAAAAUUGAGCUUGCGAAAAGGUCUAUCAGAAAGGAUGGCUGCUAGGGCUGGUUUCAGUGCUCCAAGGUUAGAUACCGAAAGCAUUAAACCUGCUGAUCUGUCACAGAGCUCUGGAAUGCAGUCUCCUUACUUAACAAUUCCUCCUGGCCUUAGCCCAACUACCCUGCUAGAUUCCCCUGUUUUUCUCUCGAAUUCACUGGUUCAGCCAUCUCCAACAACUGGAAAAUUUCCAUUUGCUUCGGGUGGUAAUGGUCGAAGCUCUAUUUUUAUGAUGGAAGGAACUGAUAAGCGCAAAGAUGAUUUCUUUGAUAAUAUAUAUACUUCAUCUUUCGCAUUUAAGCCUGCUGCUGAAUCUAGUCCUUCACUUUUUCUUGGUGGGGGAGCUUCAUCCAAUGUCCCUCAUCAAUCACUUCCCGGAAUGGAGAUUUCGGGUCAACCAGACAACUCCUAUUUGCCUCAAAGUGUAGAACCUGAAAAAGAACUUUCUCCACCUCUAAAUGAGCAGCAUGAUGUGGAUGCUGAUCAGAGGGGAGAUACAAAUGUGGGUAAUGCUCCAUCUGAGGACGGCUAUAACUGGAGAAAAUAUGGACAGAAACAAGUGAAGGGAAGUGAAUAUCCUCGUAGUUACUACAAGUGCACACAUCAAAACUGUCCAGUCAAGAAAAAGGUGGAGAGAUCUCAUGAAGGCCACAUAACAGAGAUAAUCUACAAAGGGGCUCAUAAUCACCCCAAACCUCCACCCAAUCGAAGGUCAGGCAUUGGAUCCUCAAAUGCACUCAGCGAGAUGCAACUUGAUAUGGCUGAACAAAAUGGAUCUGCUGUUGAUGUUGAUCCAGCUUUGACAGUUAUGAAAAAGUCAGGAGCCUCUUAUUGGAGGCACGAUAACUUUGAGGUCACAUCAUCAGCUGCAAUGGGACCUGAGUAUGGAAACAAUCCUUCUACACUGCAGGCAGCAGGUGGUGCUCAAUUGGAAUCCGGUGAUCAAGUAGACCGUUCUACUACCUUUUCAAAUGAUGAAGACGAUGAACGUGGUACACAUGGAAGUGUUUCAAUAGAUUAUGACGGUGAAGAAGAUGAGUCUGAAUCAAAGAGAAGAAAAGUUGAAGCUUAUGCGACUGAAGUGAGUGGUGCCACCAGAGCUAUCAGAGAGCCUCGAGUUGUGGUGCAGACAACAAGUGAGGUGGACAUACUUGAUGAUGGAUAUCGCUGGAGAAAGUAUGGGCAGAAAGUAGUAAAAGGAAAUCCGAAUCCAAGGAGUUACUACAAGUGUACCAAUGCUGGCUGUACAGUAAGGAAACAUGUCGAGAGGGCUUCCCAUGAUCUCAAAUCAGUAAUAACCACAUAUGAAGGCAAACACAACCAUGAUGUUCCUGCUGCUCGUAACAGCAGUCAUGCUAAUUCUGGUGUUACCAACCCAGUGCCUUCAUCUGCUGGUGCAUCUCAAUCCCAUGCUCACAGAUCUGAGGUAGCACAGCUUCAGAACAACAUGGCACGAUUUGAAAGGCCUCAGUCACUAGGCUCAUUUGGUUUACCUGGAAGGCAGCAAAUGGGACCUUCCCAUGGCUUUGGUUUCGGAAUGAACCAACCAAGCUUAGCCAAUCUGGGAAUGGCUGGAUUGGUUCCUAAUGAAAGUAAGAUGCCUGCAAUGCCUAAUCAUCCCUUCUUUGGACAGCCUCGGCCAAUGAAUGACAUGGACUUUAUGCUGCCGAAAGGAGAGCCAAAACAGGAGCCAAUGUCGGAGCCUAGUCUAAACAAUAGCAAUGGUACAUCCGUCUAUCAACAGUAUAUGAGUAGGUAUUCUCUUGGACCUCAGAUGUAAAGUUUUGCUGUUCGGGCACAUUUUCCUUUAUUUGAAGAAAAGGAAACAGAAAGCACAACUUUAGAUUUCAUAAGACUCCUAAGUGUGCUACUCUUCCUUUGUACUUUGUUGUUUUGUUUCGACUAUUUUGUAUUGGGGUUACAGUAGACACAAAAGUUUACCAUAAGGCGAUUUAUACACACAGUAGCACUAGCUGCUGUUAUUUGGACGCAAA